AUGGGUAGCGUUGACAAAAUUUCAACAAAGAAUUCUAUUCAAUUUGAUUAUUUGAAUUUUGAGUAUAGUGGUUCAAGUGAAGAAAAUGAUAUAAAUAUAUCUCAAAAGAAGGGUACAAUUGAUGAAGCUAUGAAAAUGGUUGAUCCUGGAAAUAGAUUUGGUGACAUUGAGAAGAAGUUAACUGAGUUUACCAAAGAUGACAUUUGGGUACAUGAUUUUGUUGCAAGGUGUGAUGAAAAGGGUUAUGAUUUCAACGACAACCUUAAUAUGCAACAAAUGCUUUGUAACAGAGAGGGUACACCGAGAAAGAAGUAUUUGGAGAUGGAGAAUAGGAAAAGGGACCACAGGCCGAUAACAUGUGUAAUGUGUCAAGCCAAAAUUAGAUUUCACUAUGAUAUGAAAUUGAAGAAGUGGAAAGUCACAGCAUUUAAAGAGACUCGCAAUCAUGACCUUAUCCCAGCUAAAUAUAUACAAUUUGUCCCCACAUAUCGCGUAAUGACAGAGGCCAACAAAGCAUAA